AUGUCUUAUAUAAUAUAUGUUUUAUUGUUUGGUUUAGUUCUAGGUUUGGUGGCGGUUGCGUCUAACCCAUCGCCUUAUUUUGCAGCGUUGGGGUUGGUUGUUGUGUCAGGUGUGGGGUGUGGGGUGUUGGUUAGCAGUGGAGGUUGUUUCUUGUCUUUAAUUCUUUUUUUAAUUUAUUUAGGAGGAAUGUUAGUGGUAUUUGCUUAUUCGGCUGCAAUGGCAGCUGAACCUUAUCCUGAGGGUUGGGGAAGUUGGCCUGCAUUGCGGUUAAUAGUGGGUUAUGUUUUAGGUGUAGGGGUGGCAUGGGUAUUUUUAGGUGAAGGUUGAUAUGAAGAGGAUUGAGGGGGAUUUGAUGGGUUGGUGGGUGUAUCAGUGUUACGGGGGGAUAUGGUUGGGGUUUCAGUUAUAUAUUCGUCAGGAGGGUGAUUAUUGGUUGUGGGGGGGUGGGUGCUGUUAUUAACUUUGUUUGUUGUUUUGGAAUUAACUCGUGGGUUAGCUCGGGGGGCUCUUCGGGCUGUUUAA